CGGGCGGGGGCAAAGUUUGGGGCGGGGCCGAACCGGGGCCGAACCGGGGCCGAACCAGCUGCAAAGUCAGUGGGACCCCUGGUGGAGCCGAGCCCGACCGGAUUCAGAGGAGGAGCCAGGAUGAAGGGCCUAUGUAAGAUGAAGCAAUGAAUCCUUACUGAAGCAUCAGACAGCAGGAGCUGUUGGCCAGAUGCUGCUGAAUGCUGACAGGAGAAAGCUGAUUUGGAGACAAACGACCAGAAAUGUUUGGACACGUCGUCACUUUGGAUCUGUCAUCUGAGUGAGUGUUGUGGCUUCAUGAGGCUUUGAAUCUGAGCCCAGGCAGGUAACUCGCUUUCGGAGCCACGCAGGUGGGAGGAUGUCGAGCACAGCCCCGUCAAAGAAGCCUUACCGCAAGGCGCCCCCGCAGCAUCGUGAAAUCCGACAUGAGGUACCCAUCAUUCGUGAUGACCAGGAUGGAGUGAUCUUGGCUGAGCAGAGUCAGGAACCCUUGACGGAUGCAGAAAGGAUGAAGCUACUGCAACAUGAGAAUGAGGAGCUUCGUCGAAGGCUGACAUAUGUGACUAACAAAAUGGAGGCAAUGGAGAGGGAACUGGAGUCAGGUCAAGACUACCUGGAGAUGGAACUGGGCCAGAACCGUGAGGAGCUGGAGAAGUUCAAGGACAAAUUCCGUAGGUUGCAGAAUAGCUACACUGCUUCCCAGAGAACCAAUCAGGACCUGGAGGAGAAGCUGCAUGCCCUGAUUAAAAAGGCAGAAAUGGACCGCAAGACGCUGGACUGGGAGAUUGUAGAGCUCACUAAUAAAUUGCUUGAUGCCAAAACUACCAUCAAUAAGCUGGAGGAACUCAAUGAACGCUAUCGACAGGACUGUAACCUUGCAGUACAGCUGCUCAAGUGUAACAAGUCUCACUUCAGGAACCACAAGUUUGCUGAUCUUCCUUACGAGCUGCAGGACAUGGUGAAUAAGCAUUUGCACAGCACACAGGAGUCUGCAGGCCCUGGCCAAGAGAUAGCCCACACCUUGGCUCCAUCUGAUGUUGUGCCCACCUCAGUCAUCGCCAGAGUCUUGGAGAAACCAGAAUCUCUGGUUCUGAAUUCAGCCAAGUCUAGCAGUGGCAACUGUCCCAUGGCUGAGGAUGUCUUUGUGCAUGUGGACAUGAGUGGAGCCCUUUCUGAUGCCUGCAACAGUGCAGGGCAGAUGGGGAAGGAGGGAGGAGAUGCAGGAAAACAGCAGAAUGGUGGCUGCAAGCCACAGAGUAGUGUGGAAAGUGUGCCUGAGGAGGUACCUGCCUUUGAGAAGCUAAGCCCAUACCCUACUCCCUCACCUCCGCAUCCUAUGUACCCAGGGCGCAAAGUGAUUGAAUUCUCUGAGGACAAGGUAAGGAUCCCAAAGAACAGCCCCCUGCCCAACUGUACAUAUGCUACACGCCAGGCCAUCUCCCUCAGCCUGGUACAGAGCGAAGAUGAGAGCUGCGACAGGCACCGGACACUCCCCAGCAGCCCUGCUUCAGAAGGACGCCAUUCAGCCUCCAGCUGUUCCUGUCAGCAGUCCCCCAAAGCAGCCAGGGCUCACGGUUCUUCCCAGAGCAGCCCGUUCAGCAGCCCUCCCCAAAUCCCGAGCGCCUUUGCCAGCUCUGCCAGCUCUGAGGAGGACCUGCUGGCUAACUGGCAGCGUAUGUUUGUGGAUAAGGCACCCCCCACCUCGGAGCGAGUGCUGAUGAAUCGCACAGCUUUCAGCCGUGACACAGCCCCCGAGCUCCAGAAGAGGUUCAGCCGCUCCAUGCAGGAGCUGGGUAGGGCAGCGUCAGCUUACUCAGAUGGUGAGGAGUCUGCACAGAGCUGCAGCUGGACCGUGAGCCGGGACUCGAGCGUGGACACAGACAGCACCGAGUCCAGAGCCCGCAGGAGCCAUUUCUCCUCAGACUAUGGUACAGAUUUCUCCCAGGAUGAAGCUCAGAAGCUGUUGCUUGAAAGCAGCGGAGGUGCUGCUGAGCCUGAAAGCCCCUCACCAGAGAAGCACAAGGACUAUGUAGACCUUGGCUUGCCUGAGAGCCCAGCCGAGGAGAGAGAAAUGCUGCUCCGGGGAAACAAGGAGAGCAGCCAGGGAGGUAUCCAAGAGGAAAGCGGAGAAGGCAGGGUCAAGCCUCCUUUCAUUCGGCCGCACCGCAGCCCCAAGAGGAUGGGGGUGCACCACUUACAUCGCAAAGACAGUCUGACACAAGCCCAGGAACAGGGCAACCUUCUCAGCUGAGGCGGAGCAAGAAGCAGCCACGCUUAGCAGAGCUGUGGGAUGCCCUCAUCAGUCUACCUGAGGGAGAAGCCUCCCUUAAUACUCUCCUCCACAGGGAAAUGUGCUCUGAGGUUUUAUAUUUCCCCAGCACCUCAGACCCACAGUACAAGCACACAUGGUGUGCAGAAGCACACCCACUGCCCUGACACACUCGCAGCUCUCUUCACAGCCUCACACUGGUGCCUGUACCAGAGCUAGUUCUUGGUACCCCUUGUCUUGGUGCCUGUGCCUCUUUUUGCUCUCCUCCCCCUUCCUACUCAGGUACCUGAGGCCCUGGGUGCUCUCGAGUUGUUUCCCCACAGCUGCUCUGCUCUCUUUUAACUUGUGCCAACAGGGCAGAGUGCCUGUGUGGUGGUGUCUGAUUCCCUGGGAGCCCCAGGGGCUGUGAGUGGGGCAUGAGGACUCUCCCAGCAGAUGGCUGUGUGCCGUGGGGAUGUGCUGGGAUUGCUGGUGUCUCAUUUUCCUCCUGGGUUUUGUUUUCCCCAGCCGCCCACUAGGUGGGCCUCCAAAAUCUGCCUCUGCAAGGUCGCUGUUGUGUGUCUCCAGGGCUGGGCUCUGCACCUUGGUCCUCACUGGGGCAAUGCACAGGGGCUGGUGCUGUGGUGUGGGGCACAGGUGCUGCCUGCUGAGGUGGUUCAGGGAGGCAGUGCCUGCUGGGUGCUGGGGUUUGUGUUUGUAUGUCUCCUCCCUCACACCUCUUCCCCUGCUCUCUGUGCUGUUUUGUUUGAACGGUGCUGAUGUUUUGCUCUUGGGUGGGCUUCUUUCUUCUUUCCAAGCCUUUGGUUUUGGGGUGUAUUGUUUUUUUCUUUCUCCCACCCUGUAUAAACAGACACAGCGUUGGCAGCCAGUCUGAUGCCUGCACUGAGGGUGUGUUGAGGAGUCUCAGCUAUCAGAGCUGCACUUCCCUCUGAUCCUGGCCUCCAGCCUGCAGAAACCCCUCCAGAUUCAAGAACAAGGUCUUGCCCCAGGCAAGCAAGGCGUGAAGGAUGCUACCGGGCUUUUCUGGGAAGGGCUUGGUGCAGGGCCAGCAGAGAUGUGAGGGCAGCAUGCUGAGGAGCUGCUCCCUGCAGAUGCACUACCUCAUGGCUCGGCAGCAGCCGUUCACCAGGGUCUCCUUGCACGCCCCCUUCUCUGGGGAGCUCCAGGCUCUGGUGCUUCUCUGGGGCCUCCCUUUCUGGGUGGAGCUCUCUGUGUGUUUUUCCUAGCCUAGUGUGAUAUUGUGUGACUUUUCUUCUCAGUCUUGUGUGCUCAGUGUCUUGUUGGGGGGGAGGGAAGGGGAGAGGUCUGUAGAUGUAGGUAUUUUUUUGAGGGCUUAAAAAGCCCAGGCCUCCUAUUUUAAUUUUGUCCUGUGCCCUUGUCUGUCUGGUGUUUCUUGGCUUCCAUGGGGGUACAGGGCAGAGAACAGCCCAAUUCCCUUCACCAUACCCCCUUCAAACCCUGCCCUCAGCCUGCUGUCUGGUUUUUGAGUUGCGUUUGUGUUGUCCUCUCACCCUACACCAUGUGGGCUCUCCAUUGGGCUGGAGGAGAGCAUCCUUCUCUCCAGGAGGGAGCAUCUGUUAAUAUGCUUACAUCAAGAUUUGCAGCCAAGAGCUGUCUGGGGGCCCUGCUCCCCUCCCCAAACUCCUGUCUCUGUAAAGGGCUUGCAGCUUGUAGCUGGGGCCAGCCAGGGCUUCAGCUUGGGCCUGGAGGCUCCAGGGCCAGUGAAAGGGAGCUGCAGGCCUCUCUGGCAAGCUGUGUAGGUUGUUUUAUGUACCCUGGGCAGAGCUGCUGCCUACACACUCACCUUGUUUCCCACCUAGAACAGUUGUGGAGCUGGAUACCACCCUCUAGUGGGGGAGGUGGGACUCAGUAUUUCACUGCAGUGUUUCUCUGCAGGCAGGCUGGUGCUGAGAGAGGGAUCUGCUGAUCCUGCAGAGUGUUUAUCUCCCC